AUGAGAGACUUUCCAAAGAGUAACGAAAAGGAAGAUCUUGGUUCUGAAAAACCAACCAAUUUUCUUGGAGUUCAACCUGAAAAGACUCUUCCCGGAAUUACCAACACUUACAAUAACAUGAAUAGUGUGAGCAAUCCGAACACUCCAAUUAUGAAUACACCAACGCCUUCGAUUGUACAGAGUAAAAAGAAAGCUUUUAAGAGAAAAUACGAUCCAAAAGAUGAAGAUUGGGUAAUGAUGUAA